ACAAGGCGAAAACUUUGGAACGGUUUCCAUGGAAAAUGUUUGUAAUGAUCACUCUGGACCAAAACAAAGAGGCAGUUAGAGAUGGAGAAAUAAGGAGGUUAAGAAAUAACGGAAACUAUCAACACAACCAGGGACAAAAACAGUGACCGUCUAUAUGUCAGGCUGGAGCUGUGGCUGUAUUUAUGAGCCUUGAGCAGUGCGGUGACGGUCUGGAGAGGCAGCUGUGAUUUCUGCAGUUAGCGGCGAAGCUAACGGUUCAGCUCGGGUCAUUCUGCGCCGUCAGCAUCGCUGCAUGACGCUACCGCUACAAACAACACGCCUGCGCCGUUAAAUGACUCUCAUUCACCGGUUAUGUAGCUCUUUACCGGCAAGUUCGCGGGUAAAUAUGUAUUUAUAGGCAUGGCAAACAUUUAAGCACUAAUAUAUUGUGAUUUAUAAGAACAAAACGGGUCAUUCUGAAGGCCGCGGAUGGAACCGGGGCGUCAGCGUGAGAACCCCCCCGGAUCCGGGGAGCCUGAGUCAGGGGAGUGGAGAGAGGAGAGCGCCGCGGUGGAGACCGAGGAGAGGGACGACACCCUGAAAAACAGAAGCGGGGAUGGAGGAAACGAGGAAAUUACGAGCAAAACCGAGAACACUGUGGUGGCGGAGAAAGAUAAGGCUGAGUUUGAUGAAGAUGAGGAGCAAUAUGAGGAAGAGCUGGACCCCAGGAUUCAGGAGGAGCUGGAACACUUGAAUCAGGCCAGUGAUGAGAUCAACAGACUGGAACUACAGCUGGAUGAAGCGAGAUCCAGCUACAGGAGGAUCCUUACAGACUCGGCACGCAAACUCAACGCUCAGGGCUCUCAGCUGGGAGCCUGCAUUGAGAAAGCCAGACCUUACUACGAAGCCCGUAGACUCGCUAAAGAGGCUCAACAGGAGACCCAGAAGGCAGCGCUGAGGUACGAGAGGGCUGUCUCCAUGCACACGGCUGCCAGAGAGAUGGUUUAUGUGGCUGAGCAAGGUUUAUUGGCUGACAGGAACACAUUGGACCCUACCUGGCAAGAGAUGCUAAACCACGCCACAGCCAAGGUGAACGAGGCAGAAGAGGAGCGUUUGAGGAGCGAGAGGGAGCACCAGCGUGUCACUCAGCUUUGUCAGGAAGCAGAAGCGCGUGUGCAGACUUUGCAGAAGGCUCUUAAGAGGGUCAUUAUCAAGUCCAAGCCUUAUUUUGAGCUCAAGGCUCAGUUCAACCACAUCUUAGAGGAGCACAAGUCCAAAGUCGUCCAGCUGGAGGAACGGGUGGCAAAGGUGAAGACCCGAUAUUCUGUCGCACUCCGCAACCUUGAGCAAAUCAGCGAGCAGAUCCAUGCGCAAAGAGGGCGCAUUCGUGCCGCCAGAAAGCGCAACAGAGCCCGUGGGGGGCGGAGCUCUCCGGUGGGGGCAGAGUCUGAGGGUGUAAUCCAGGCAGGGGCAUAUGGAGGGGUGGUGGCCAAUCCUUUAAUGGAUAAUGACUGGGCCGAUCAAGAGAAAACCAGGCAGUGGGUGGAGAAACACAGGGAGGCGGGAUGGGGCCAGAGAGAGAGGGCGGAGAAGGCAGGGUCAGACUCCAUGUCAGUCAUCAGCCUGCAAACCAUAGCCUCCGACCUGGAGAAGUUCGAUUCUGUGGAGCACUUGGGCAAUAUGAGUGACGUCGGAAGUAUAAUAGGUGAGGAGAAAGAGGCGGAGAGUGAGAGAGGAUUUAGGGUCGAUGAUCGAAUAGUAGAGAGAGAGGUGGCGAACCUCUCGAGACAGGAUGCAGAGAAAGGUGCCUCAGGGACGGACAGACAGCAGAGAGAUAGAGAGCGAGAGAGCUUUGUGAAGCAGCACCACAGAAGUGUUAGUUUGUGAGAAAACAGGAAAUUUGAGUUGCCUGUUACUCCACCCCAAUCUUGGAGGGCUAAAGCUUGCCUGCAGGCUUCCAGGCGAGACUCUCAACUGACUACAAAUGAAUCAGACUGAAAACACUCUGCAUUCUCUUAAAGGGAUAGUUCUCCCAAAAAUGAAAAUUCUCUCAUUAAUUACUCACCCUCAUGUCGUUCUAAACCCGUAAGACC